UUGACUCUUUUGAGUGGAGCAGCAGCUGUGCAAAGAAAUAUGGUAUGAAAGAAGCAAAAUGAAAGCUAUACAACAACACAAACUGUAAUAGGAGCAUGAUGCCGCACUAACGAUCGCAGCUGAAAAAGUAGAAAUGCGGCAAAGACAUGAAGCGUUGCGAGCGAGCGAGCGCACAUAACUUCACCGAGUGGAAACGCUGAGUUGCUGCGACUUGACGCGAAGCGACGGUUCUGUCUGCCUAUGGUUAUGUCUUGGGCUGUUGCUGUUGCUGUUGCUGCCGCUGCCGCCGCUGCUCAUUGCUGUUGCUGACAAUAAUUAGCUAGCAAGUUGGCCAAAAAGCGGUCAGAGACCGACAGAAAAUUUCAGUUUAACCGCGAUUGCCAAUCGCUUAAGACGUUUUUUAAAAUCAUCAACGGCGCCUCGUUGCUUACAUUCAUUCUGUCUUUGAAAGUUUUACUGUGUUGGAAGUCGGUCUUGAAUAUUUUUGCUUUUCUGCAUUGGCUUCAAGUUCACAUAUCAAGACAGUUCGAAGAAAAAAAUUGAAUCGAGUUAAUAGCCAAGUUUAAAGCAUUGAAUGCACAUGUUACAAAGUCGCAAAUGCAAUAAUUCUUAAUUGUUUUAAUAACGCGCGUGCAUACUUAUGUGCAUAGAUGUGUGUGUAACAAAUCAAAUACAAUAUAUUUGCGUAUUAAAGUGCUUAGAAACAACUAACUAUUGCAAAACGUUGAAGUGAUUUUUUAGAAUACACAUUUAACAACAUUUCCGUGUGUACAAUUUACAAAUAUACAUAUAUAGCAUUUUUACCAUUGCCAAGAUCGCGUCGACGAAAUGAGUUUGGGCGGGGAAAAAUCGUUCAAAAUGCGGAUGCGAGACAUGGAAAACGCUUUCAAAUACCGCCGAAUACCAUACCCAAAACGAUCCGUUGAACUCAUCGCUAUUUUGGCAAUAUCAUGCACAUUUUUCCUUUUCAUGCAUACAAAUAAACUAAACAGUCGCCUCAAAGAGAUGGAAAUCAAACUUCAACCAUCGGAGUUCUCAGCGCUUGGCUUAACAGGCAAUCAAAUCAGUCCUAGGGAGUCAUCAAGACGUGAUAAUAUCAACACACUUCAUGGCACCUAUCAAUAUCUCAAGAGCACCGGCCAGCUCAAUGCAUUAACCCCAAGGAUGCUCAAUAAUACCGAAAAAGCGGAAAUCGACAUUUUGUUUUUUAAUCGCUUGGAAAAAGUGGGCAGCCAGUCGAUGAGCACACUCUUGCGGGCGUUAUCAAGGGUUAAUCAUUUUGUAUAUAACAUCAGAGUGCGCACCGUUGGCAAUAUGCUUGAUACAAUUGAAGAGCAAAGAGAAUUAGCCGAUGAAAUUUUCGAUUACGGCGUACCCAGUGCAUAUACAAUGCAUAGGAAUUUUAUAAAUUUCACUCAGCUUGAUAUGCCGAAACCGAUUUACAUUAAUUUGGUUCGACAUCCAAUUGAAAAGGUCAAGAGUGCUUAUUACUAUAUGAGACAUCCCUUUAUCUAUAACAAUGGAUUGUUGAGAAAUCCCAAAAAAAAGACGCAAAGUUUCGCAUAUUUCGAUACUUCAUUCAACGAUUGUGUACGAGCCGGCAAAAUACCCGAUUGCAUAUUUGAUCCGCAUAUUGAGUUUAACGGUGAUUGGCGCCGGUUUUCGAUGCAUUUCUGUGGAAAUAAUCCUGUUUGCAAGCAAUUUAAUUCUCAGACUGCCACACAAAUAGCCAAACGUAAUAUUGAAAGCGAAUUUGCGGUAGUCGGCUCAUGGGAGGACACAAACAUAACAUUAACAGUUUUGGAACACUACGUACCGAGAUUUUUCCGUGGCGCGACUGAAGUGUUUUACAGUGACCCAAAGCGUUUUCAUAAAAAUGCCACACCACACAAGAACGAAUUGGAUCCGGAUAUUGAAGAACAUUUGAAAGUACAAUUUUCCUUCGAAAUCGAAUUGUACAAUUUUUGCAAGCAACGUCUCUAUAAGCAAUACAUUGCCAUUAAAAAGGAUGAAAUGAUGAGACAUUUCAAUUAGUCCUAUAUAUGUAUAUAUAAUAAUUUAAUUGAAUUUUCAUCGAUACAUAUAGAAUAAUGUACAAAUAAAAUAAGCUCAGGAUACCUGCGAAUGUGCAAAUUUUAAAUUAAUAUUACGAGUAUACGACAAUAAUAGAGCGAUUUGACAAAUUUACUGAUUUUUCAAUAUUUUAUUAUGUUUGGUUGUAGCGUCUUAGAAAAAGUAUAUUUUUUCUAACUGUGCACGUUUCUGUAUAGAUUAGGUUCAGGUUUUUAAUCUUUCAACAAUCGAAAGUAAAAGAUUUGAUGAUUCAAGUGGGAAAAUCCGAAUGUUAUCCGGAACUGUAUGGCAUCAGAUGUCGAGGAUAUGAUAUAAUUUAUAUAUCAUUGUAAGACUAACCGCAUUGCCAUAGUUGAAAAAAUAUAAUCCAACUAUUUGGAUUUUACAACAAAACAAAGAAUCCGAGUGCUAGUUAUACCAUUCUUAGAAUUCUAGUAAUACGAGUAUAAUAUCUACUUUGAUACGACGAAGAACUUCUAAAGAACCUGCAAAAACGCAUUUUCUAAUGUCAAAUUCGUCCUUAUUUUAAAUAUAAUGUUCACAACUUUUCUAAAGGGCUUAUUUAAAAAUAUUGAUCGAUUAAAUCGUUUUAUAUCGAUCUUGGACAUUUGUGUCAACAUUAACCCAACAAAAUAUUUGUAGGGGUCUGUUUGCAUCCCAAAGUUAUUCCCAACUGAAAAUGUCACUUUUUGAGCCGAAUUAUCGACAUUUACGGGAAAUUUCGCUUAUCUUUUUUAAUUCCAAGAAAAGUGCAGCUGAGGACCCGUCCACGCUUUACUGAGGCUGACACAUAGUAUGUACAUAGAUAAUACUAUAACUCUACUACUACCAUUUAUAUGCUUUCUAUUAGGUAUAAAAAAAUAUAGAAUUUUUGUAAAGCAACUUGUGUUAUUUUACAAAAAAAUGGAUCAUAACGCAUUUCGUGUGUUAAUUAAGCAUUGCUUUUUGAGGGAAUAAGGGAAAACAUUUUGGACCGCUUUUAUACAAUAAAGACUUAAAUUUACAAAAAAAACGGCGGAAGCAAAGUUGUAGACCUAAUAAUUAAACCGUUAGUACCUUUUGGAGCUCUUUCAUAUGUGCUUUUCCCAGUUUAUGUUGCAAUUGCCUUUAACAUUUCGUCGCUUUAAUUUCCUUUUUAAUAUCUACUUAUCAAUUAUUUACAUGCUAAUAUCUUUGAAUUACUGGUGGCAGAAAAAUGUUAAAUAAAUUUUCAAUAAUAUCUGGGUUUCAAGAAAAUCAGAUUAAUACCAUAAAUAUAUGAUAUUUUCGAGCAUAUUCAGAUUCGGAAUUACUUUUCCUUCACUGCAUUUUUUAAAUAAGAAGAAACAACUUUUGUUCCAAUUUAUGUACGAAUCAUUUCUCUCUUUCAAACCGGGCAAUUUUCAUCCACUUAGUCCUAAACUGUACAUAUCUACAUUUGUAGUACCUGUGCGUCGCCACAUCUUUCAUGACAUAGUAAUAUUCGCAAAUAUAUUUACAUCCCAGAAAUAAUACUUUUAAAAACACUGAAUCCGAAUGUU